AUGACGGACGCAGUUGAUUACUAUAGCCUCGAAGGAGGCCGCAAGGCGACAACAGAAGAGGCUGAUUUCCGCAAGGAGAUUCGUCAGGGUUUCAUCAGGAAAGUAUACGGCAUCAUAGCCCUGCAACUCCUCAUCACAACCGGGGUCACCGCGCUGCUGCUCUUCGUACCGGGCGGCGUCGCCUGGGCGAAGCACAGCAGCGGCCCCGUUGUUGCUAUUUCAAGCGUAUAA